CGCCCGCCAUAACUUCUUCCCGCAUAUCCUCACCACCACUUAUUGUUUACACUCGAGCCCCGACACUACACUACUCGAUCUUCUCUCCGCCGACCACUCACACGCUAUCCCUCUUCAGGCUCCUCGCGCUUCACCGGCGCCCGCUGCUCGCCAAUCACAGCGGCCCUCCUACGUCAAUCAACCGCCCGCCACUCUCUCAGAACCAGUUUUCAGCCCUGCUGGGCGCCCUAUUGAAAGAUGGCUGCGUUAGCGUUCAAAGCGCUGCACUACGGCGCAGACAGGCUUCCUGACAAAGUCUGGGAGUCAAUCCCAGGUGGCUUCUUUACGCCGCCAGAGAAGAAGAAAACGAAGACAAAUCGCAGGCCGAUCAGAGAGAACCGCUACAGGAGCGAGCAGAGGCAGAGCGACCGCGGCAGACGCCGAUCCCACCGCGAGCGAACCCCUCCGACCGACUACUCCGACUACAGUGGCUACGACGAUACCGACUACGAGAAGGAAUACAGGCGCAAAGAGCGACGCCGCCGCGCAAAGAGCUUGGGACGUAGCAUCAGUCGCAGCUUGAGUCGUAGCCUAAGCCGCGGGAGGCACAAGCAGCGCAGCGGGGACUCGGACGGAGAGUACGACGAGCACGCCCAGAUGGAUCGCGCAGAGCGUGGGCCUCAGUUCCCUCCUCCCCCUGCCUCCGAGUACAGGCCCUACAAUCCGCAGGACUAUGCCCCUCCGCCUGGUGCUGCAGCAUCGGCCGCGCCAGCCGGAUACGCGUAUCCCGACCCAUACGACCGGCGAGCAUCGUCCGCCAGGCCCGAUUAUGGGUAUCCGCCUCAGGUAAAUAAUGCCUUUCGUCCUCGAAGUGCCACAGCUCCGUCUGGGUCUUCUACGUUGACAUCGCCAAACUCGUUUCCGUCGAGGUUGACGAGCAGGCCUCCUUCAAAGCUGUCAACUGCUUCCCUCCUUGCCUUGCCAUCCCCUACCCUAGACGCGCUUCGUAGCGGCUCUCCGCUUGGCGCAAAUUUCACGCCAUCCUAUGAGCCGCCUUUGGCGGCAGUGCUCCAUCGAACAACGACUAAUUCCCCUCAGCCAACAUCUGCUACCGCAGCGCGGUAUACACCAGGAGCUGCGUAUGCUCCAUCUCCUGUGAACGCUGCUAUGGCGCCGCCGCCGAAUCCAGGUUAUGCUCCCUACAAUCCCGCCGACUACACGUCCCCAAGUCCAGGCUACAGGGCGUCUGGGAACGCUUAUCCAUCGCCGCCCCCGUUCUACCGGCAUCAGUCGCAGUCUCAGCCCUCUUUACCCCGGGACCCGUAUCCCGAGGUUCAGACCCAGCUCGCCGUCUACGACCAACCUCCGAGCCGCCAUGGCAGUACCUCCUCCUCGCACCGUUACCGUAAAGAUGACGGCAAGCAUCACAGGGCAAGGUUCGAGAACCUUGACCUGCAUGAUAAAAACCUGGCGGCUUCGGUGGGAGGAGCAGGCAUCGGCGCGAUCGGCGGCAGGGAGUUGGAGAAGAAAUACGAGAAGUAAGUGGAGAGCGUGGCAUGGGAAUGCUGGUGCUGAUGACGGCUGGUUCGCCGUUGAGUGUCAUACUAAUCCGGUUGCUUUUAUUAGGAAGAAGACCGCGCGCGGAGCAUCUCAACAAGGAGAGCGGAGCCGAAGCCGAAGCCGGCAUCGAACCAGCAGAC